AUGGAGACGAUGAAAGAACUGGUAGCUGUUCAGAAGCCUUUGUUACUUCAGUCGGGAAACUUUGGUCAUUGGAAGGCUCGAAUGCGACACAUCAUCCGAGGCAUUGAUGAAGAUGCAUGGACGGCAGUGGAACAGGAUUGGACUGCUCCAACUGUAGUGUCUGAGGAUAAGGAAGGAAAUAAGAUCACCAUCGAUAAACCUAAGAACCAAUGGACUGAGACUGAGAAGAGUUUGUCGAAAUUCAACUCAAAGGCCAUGUCUGCGAUCUUUGCCGCAGUGGACCUUGAUGAAUUCGGGAUUAUUCAAGGUUGUGAAUCAGCAAAAGAGGCGUGGGAUACCUGCUUUACCACAAAACUGAACACCAUAGCAAAUGAGUCAGCAGUGUUAGGGAAGAAAUUCAAGGACAAGAAACUCGUGAAGAAGUUACUUAGAUGUCUGCCUCCCAAGUUUGCUGCUCACAAGGCUGUAGUGAAGUAUUCGAUGGACACUGACACCAUGAAGUUUGAGAAACUUGUUGGUCUUCUCAAGGCUGAGGAAAUGGAAGCCAAUGCUGAUCAGAAAACCUCUCAGAAAAGUAUUGCGUUCACGGCUGCAGAUGAAAAAGAUAGAAUGAGCCAAUGUGAGGAAAAUCUCAGUCUGCUAGCCAGAAACUUCAACAAAAUGCUGAAAAAGGUUGAGAAAGGUCACAACAAGUUUACAAAGUUUCCAAGAAAUGAAGGGGAAAAAGGUAGCUAUCGGAACACAAGAACCGAAGGUGAUAGGGGAGGAAGAAAACGAGAUCUUCAAUGUCACGAAUGUGAAGGAUUUGGCCACUUCAGGAGUGACUGUCCUCUGACGAAACGAAAAAAGUUGAAAUGUCCUGAGUGUAAAGGGUUUGGUCACACAAAAAGUGAGUGUCCAAAUGCUCUGAAGUCUAAAGACAAGUCUAUGAUUGUCUUUGAAGAUUCCGAAUCUGAGGACGAAGAGGAAGAUAACGAGAAUCUGAUGCUGAAUUUUGUUGCCUUUACUGCUGAAGGGAAGGAACAGGCUCAAACACCAACAACUGAAACAGAUUCGGAGUCAGAUGAAGAGGAAAUUGACCCAAAGGUUGAGUAUCGAAAACUGUAUGAUAACUGGGUAAAAAUCAGCACUGAAAAUCUGCAACUGAUCAAGGAGAAAGCUCUUAUGAAAGCUCAGAUUAACAUCCUUGAAAUGGAACAAGGGACUACCAAUACAGAGAAAGAACAGUGUGUAACACAAGUGUUGGAAGAUGCAGAUGCUGGAGUUGACAAGAUCAAAGAAGAACUCAUGGCAGAGCAAAAGAAAAGACGUGAAUUGGAAGAAAAACUGGACAACCUGAGGGAAGUGUGUUAUCAGGAGAAAGAAAGGGCAAGAACGUUGCAAGGUGAACUGAUUGAGAAUCAUAAACGGAUCAGGAUGCUCAACACUGGUGCAGAGAAGCUAGAUCAGAUACUCUCCUCAGGCCAACCGCCAAAGAAGAACUGGGGUCUCGGGUACACUGGAGGUUUUCAUGUCGGAGAAACCUCAUCUGUCUCUGGAACCCUACAGGGUUUUGUCCACGGUGGUAUUUCAGUCGGCGAGCUUUCUACACGACCUGCACCACUGAAAGAAGCAGUUGAACAAUGCAAUCCUAAGAAAAAUCUUCAGACUGUGUCGACAGACCAACCAAAACCUGAUAAACGGAGAAAAGGAGUCUGUUUCUUAUGUGACAAACGAGGCCACAAGAAGAGGAACUGUUACAAAUUUUGGAGUAAAAUAAAACAGGCCUGGAAACGCCAUCUAUGCUAUCCUGAACCCAGAUUCUAUGGCAAGGUGUGGGUUGCAAAGAAUCUCCUCUAUGACUUGCCCUCACAAGGUGAAGUAGCUGAACCGGACUUAGCUGAAGUGAAUCUUGUCUGCAAUCUUGCUCACAUAGGUCCUGAAGUACCCGAAGUUGUGAGCAAUGUAGCCUAUACCUCAUCCCAAGUGGAAGUUGCUAAGGCAUGGUACUUUGACAGUGGAUGCUCACGGCACAUGACUGGGAAUCAUGACUACUUUAACAAGAUAAAACGUAUCAACGGUGGUCAAGUAACCUUUGGUGACGGAGGUCAAGGGAAGAUUCUUGGAGUUGGGAGCCUACUGGAGGAAAGCCAACCAAAUUUGAUUAACGUUUACUAUGUUGAAGGCUUGAAAGCUAAUUUGAUUAGUGUAAGUCAGCUAUGUGACGAGGGGCUGAAAGUGAUCUUCACCAGGUUUGAUCGCAAGGCGGUAGAUGAGAAUGGGAACACUGUGCUAUUCGGAGUGAGAUCAGGCAACAACUGUUAUAUGUGGUGUGUGUCGGACCAAUGCUUUUCAGCAAAAGAAUCACAACUUGACUUAUGGCAUAAGCGUAUCGGUCACAUGAACACCCGAGGAUUAAGCAAGCUAGCGAAGGCGGAAGUAGUUCGUGGGAUUCCAUCCUUGGAGGCUUCAACAGACACCGUGUGUGAAACAGAAGGGAAAGCAACAGAGAGCUUCAAGAUACUUGCUUUGCAGCUUAAAACUGAGAAAGGACCGAUCAUUCAGAUUAGAAGUGAUCAUGGUGGGGAAUUCCGAAACGAUGUGUUUGAAAAGUUAUGCCAAAGCCAAGGGAUCAGACAUCAGUACUCUGCUCCAAGGACACCUCAGCAAAAUGGUGUUGUGGAGAGGAAAAAUCGAACCUUGCAAGAAAUGGCUAGAGCGAUGCUACAUGGAAACAAGGUAUCUCCACGGUUCUGGGCAGAAGCUAUCAAUACCGCAUGCUAUAUCAUCAACCGCGUCUAUGUCAAACAUGGUACCAAGACCACACCCUAUGAGAUCUGGAAUGGGAAAACUCCAAACCGCAGUUACUUUCACAUCUUUGGUUGUGUGUGUUAUAUCCUGAACGACAAAGACAACCUUGGGAAAUUUGAUUCAAGAAGUAACACUGGCAUUUUUCUUGGAUACGCUACCAACAGCAGAGCGUUUCGGGUGUACAACUAUCGGACGAAGACCAUUGGUGAAAAUAUCAAUGUGGUCUUUGAUGAUAAUAGCCAAUGCACUCUUGAAGAGAUCAUUUCGGACGAUGUGUGUCACACAGACAUAAGGAACACAACUCCUGCCUCUGAGUCAAAUGAAAGUAUAACUGAGCAUGAAGAUCAAAUCCACGACAAAGACGAUCAAGGCUGUGACCGCCAAGUUGAGGUUCAUAGAAAUCACUCAGCCUCAGAUCUGAUUGGAGACCUUCACGGUGAGAGAAUCACGAGGAAAAAACAGAUAGACUUCAAAGCCAUGGUCAAAUUGGCAUGCUUCAUCUCGUUCACAGAGCCUAUGACCAUUGCUCAAGCACUGCAGGAUGAGUUCUGGGUAGCUUCCUGCCAUGAAGAACUUGAGCAAUUUGUUCGGUUGGAUGUAUGGGAUCUUGUUCCUCCUCCAGACAAUGUCAAUGUCGUAGGGACAAAGUGGAUUUUCAAAAACAAAACCGAUGAAGAAGGAAAUGUGAUUCCAUGUAAAAUGAACAUCAUGUUUUACCAAAUGGACGUCAAGAGUGCCUUUCUGAAUGGGAUCCUUCAAGAAGAAGUUUAUGUUGCACAGCCUAAGGGAUUCGAAGAUCCAGCCUUUCCUAAUCAUGCUGGGUUCACGCGAGGUGGUGUUGAUAAAACCCUGUUUGUUCAGAGUGCAAAGCAGGACAUCUUGAUUGUCCAAAUAUAUGUUGAUGACAUAAUCUUUGGAGCUACUCAUCAGAACUUGGUUAAUCAGUUUGUGACAACGAUGACUACUGAGUUUCAAAUGAGCAUGGUGGGGGAACUAAAUUACUUUCUGGGACUACAGAUCAAACAGACCUCAGAAGGAAUUUUUGUUUCUCAAAGCACCUACGCCAAGAAUUUGGUAAAACGGUUCGACAUGCAAACCAGCCGGGUUGCCAACACUCCCAUGAGCACCACCAGAAAACUGUCCAGAGAUGAUGACGGACCCAAGAUUGGACAGGGUGUUUGGAUGAUCAAAAGAGCACCUCAGGCGGCUGUUUCUUCCUUGGCAAUAAUGUGUCCUGGCACAGCAAAAAGCAGAAAUGUGUUUCGCUGUCAACAGCAGAGGCAGAAUACGUAG